AUGUUCAAGCUCGCUCGUAGCAGCAGGCAAGUCGCCUCUGCUCUGCAGAGCUUCAAGGAAGCGCCCAUCAGGCAGCAGAUCCGCAACCUGUCCAUCCACGAGUACCGCUCCGCCCAGCUGCUCGACUCGUACGGCAUCGGCGUCCCCAAGGGCAAUGUCGCCCACUCGCCGCGCGAGGCCGAGGAGGUGGCCAGCAAGAUUGGCGGCGAGGAUAUGGUCAUCAAGGCGCAGGUGCUGGCCGGUGGACGCGGCAAGGGCCACUUCGACAACGGCUUCAAGGGCGGCGUGCGCAUCGUGUACAGCCCGCGCGAGGCGUCCAUCCUCGCCGACCAGAUGAUCGGCCACAAGCUCAUCACCAAGCAGACGGGCGAGCGCGGCCGCAUCUGCAACUCGGUCUACAUCGUCGAGCGCAAGUUCGCCCGCCGCGAGUUCUACCUGGCCAUCCUCAUGGACCGCCAGUCCCAGAGCCCCGUCAUCGUCGCCUCCAGCCAGGGCGGCAUGGACAUCGAGACCGUCGCCAAGGAGAGCCCCGAUGCCAUCAUCACGACCAAGAUCGACAUCCACCAGGGCGUGACCGACGAGAUUGCCCGAGACGUCGCCACCAAGCUCGGCUUCAGCGAGCAGUGCGUGCAAGACGCAAAGGAGACCAUCCAGAAGCUGUACAAGAUCUUCAUGGAGAAGGAUGCCACCCAGAUCGAGAUCAACCCUCUCUCCGAGACCUCCGACCACCAGGUCCUCUGCAUGGACGCCAAGCUCAACUUCGACGACAACGCAGAGUUCAGGCAAAAGGAGAUCUUCAGCUGGCGCGACACGUCGCAGGAGGAUGCAGAUGAGGUCCAGGCGGGCGAGUCCGGCCUCAACUUCAUCAAGCUGGACGGUGAUAUCGGCUGCUUGGUGAACGGUGCUGGUCUGGCCAUGGCCACCAUGGACAUCAUCAAGCUCAACGGUGGUGCCCCUGCCAACUUCCUCGACGUCGGUGGUGGUGCGACCCCAGAGGCCAUCAAGAGCGCUUUCGACCUCAUCACCUCCGACCCUAAGGUCACCGCCAUCUUUGUCAACAUCUUCGGUGGUAUCGUGCGAUGCGACGCCAUCGCCAAGGGCUUGAUCAACGUUGUCGAGAGCAUGAACCUGCGGACACCCGUUAUUGCGAGAUUGCAGGGAACCAACAUGGAGCAGGCACAGAAGCUGAUCAACGAGAGUGGUUUGAAGAUUUUCAGCAUUGAUGACUUGCAGACUGCGGCAGAGAAGAGUGUGCAGUUCAGCAAGGUUGUGAAGAUUGCACGAGAUAUCGACGUGGGCGUCGAGUUCACCUUGGGUAUAUAG